CUCAGUUAAAGCUCUGAUCGUCGAGCUCUGCUUCUGACAGCUAACAUUGGCAUUUCGGUCUCGCUUCUUUUGCAUUGGCACUUAAAACACGUUCGUAUUUUUGUGCCUUUCAACAUUUUGCGAUUACCGUAUCUAGAAACGCUUCAGUCGCUGGCGUUUUAUAAGUUUUCUCCGGCUAAAUACAUGCUAACACGGAGACAGCCCACACAGCCAGCUGACGGGAGGUUGUUAUAAGCCGAAGCUGUGCUACUACCCUUUGUCUGUAGACUUCAAACAAGUUAACAACGAAGACCUGGCUCUUCCUCUCGCUUUUGACAACCCGAGUCAUUUCUUUUGUUUUAUUUCUCCUGAUAAAAGUGAAGUAAAGCAAGAUAGGCGGCUGGGGAACCAAGAUGUCGAACCGAGGGAAUUGCAGAGACGCCAAACACGCCGGGGCCUGGUACUCUGCUUCGGGUGCUCAGCUUAAUGCACAGUUGGAGGGUUGGCUGUCCCAUGCUCACUCCUCGUUCAGACCUGCUCGAGCCAUCAUUGCACCGCAUGCUGGGUACACCUACUGUGGUGCCUGUGCAGCACAUGCCUACAAGCAGGUCGACCCUUCUGUAACUCGUAGGGUGUUUAUUUUGGGACCCUCCCAUCAUGUGGCUCUGUCCCGCUGUGCAUUGUCUCCUGCAGAAGUCUACAAAACUCCUCUGUAUGAUCUACGGAUUGACCAGAAGGUGUACGCUGAGCUCGGGAAAACUGGGAUGUUCGACCGAAUGACUCAGAAGACCGAUCUAGAAGAGCACAGUAUUGAAAUGCACUUGCCUUACACUGCUAAAGCCAUGGAGAGUCGCAGAGAUGAUUUCACAAUUGUUCCUGUGCUUGUGGGUGCACUGAGUGAAUCUAAAGAACAGGAGUACGGGCGCCUGUUCAGCAAAUACCUGGCUGAUCCCACCAAUCUUUUUGUCAUCUCAUCUGACUUCUGCCAUUGGGGUCAACGCUUCAACUACACAUACUAUGAUGAUGCACAAGGAGAGAUCUAUAGAUCUAUUGAGCAUCUUGACAAAAUGGGGAUGCGCAUUAUAGAGUCAUUGGAUCCAAUCCUUUUUACCAACUACCUGAAGAAGUACCGCAAUACUAUCUGUGGACGGCAUCCAAUUGGAGUGCUACUAAAUGCUGUGGCAGAGCUGAGAAAGAAUGACAUAGACAUGAGCUUCACUUUCUUGAACUACGCACAGUCGAGUGAGUGCCGGAGCAUGGAUGAUAGCUCUGUGAGUUACGCCGCCGGAGCGCUCGUAGUCCAUUGAGGUCAAAGGUCGUAGGGGCCUCAGCAGCGUCGCCACUCGACCCUUACGAUCUAUUGCCAUAUCCCCUCCAAAUACCUGCCCCGCCCCAGCUGCACCUAUUACUGCAGAACGGACCUAGACACUCAAAGCCAAUACAAUCCCACCUCUGUCCACCUUUCUACUCUCUCCUCUCAACUUGAAGUGUGCUGGAGAUCUGGAUUGAAGUAUUUAGUUUGAAGUGCAGUUUUGAGAUUAUGUAGGCUAUGGUUAGAGGAGUUAUGAAGAGUAGGUUUAAUUUGGGAUUUUGGAAAACCUCAGAUUAUAGCAAGGAACAGAUGUUUUAUCCCCUUUUGUUUACAUGAAAGAAGAUAAAUACGUUGUAAAUCUAACGUUUACUUUUACUCUAAGUAAGCAGACCUUUUGUAAUUUGAUUCAGUAAGGCAAAAAAAUUAAAUGGCAAAUUUCUGAAAACAAUUGAAAAUGGUGCCAGAUAAAAAUGAUUGAGGAGGUGAAGGCUUUUGCGGUUUGUCAUAGGUAACAAUCUCCAUAUAGCUCUUUAUAUAUUAGUUGCUAACAAAGGGCUGCAACCAACAGAACUUACUAACCCCCCGCUAUGUAAAACCAAAAACAUUACAUAUAUUAUACCCAAUUUAUUAAGUUUAGCUCUUGUUUUAAAGUAUUUUAUGAGAUGUGGUAGUAUUUACCAAAACAGUUUUUGGAUUUUAAAGGCAGAAGUGUCACACAGUUAUUUCUCAUGUACAACCGUUACCUACUUGUAGCAUCCUUUACAUUUGAGAUUUAUAUUGUAUAGUCUGCAGCUCUUUCGCCACUGCUGGACUGAAUUUUAGGUGAAAGUUUACCAAAAUGGCACCUACAGUUUAGACUAACAAAUAAAUGCAUAAAAUUUUCCAGAUUUUAGGCCACAAAAUGUUUCCUUUCAGUCCAGGCACAGCUUUGAUGGGCUACCCAAAACUAGUUAUUAGAAUUCACUAAUAAGUUGGUAAUAGGAUUUGAAUACAUUAUAUAAUAAAUUUACUAUUACAUUGAUAUGAUCAUUUUCAAAUAUUUCUCUACAAUUUGCAGUAGCAUUUUCAGGUUUUGAAGAGUAGGCAUAAGCAGCAACAGCGCACAAUGUUAAAUGCUCCUCUGGUAUAUUGCAGCCCUCUUAAGUGGCUCUGCAGCAAAAAAAACAAAGUGAGUGAAACGGAAAGGCUGUUACAUUUUACAUCUGGCUACAGUACUUUGGGCCCGCUUGACCUCUAAUUUAAAGGAAACUAGUUAAGCAUGACACACUGUGCUAUUGUGCCUUUUCUCACCGUUGCACAUAAACAUACAGCAUAUUAUUGUCACGUUUAAGUCUUAUAUUAGAAUGUGUACUCUAAGUUUCUCUUCCCAUCUGUGGGUCCCCCCCCAUGCUUAGUUCACCCAGCUCGUCCAGGCUGUGUGACCCCUCCUAUCCCUCCCUCCCCCUAUUCUUACCCCCUCCCCAUCGGUCUAAAAUGGCACCAACUGUUAUCUCCUGUCUCCAGCAGGGAGUGGUGUUCGUUUUGUCCACCUCACCUCAUUCCUGUAGAGGCAAAAGCUGAAACCUCAAUACUGUUCAUUUUCUGUUUUACAAAUCUUUUUUUUAUUUGGAAGUUGUUUUUGUAUUAUUAUUUUCAGUUUUUGCUUAGAGAAUGGGAACUUACACAUCACAUACAUUAAAAAUAUAAAAAGAAAAAAAUGACUUACUGCUCCCUGAAUGGAGUUUUUUAUCUCAGGUUCCACUGACAAAGCAUCCCAAAAGGCUCUUAAGAAAAGGCCGAAGAUUCAUGUUACAAAAAAAGUAAAAUGUACUGAAAAACAAA